AUGAAGGCGCGGCAGUUCUUGAAUGUGGUGAUGCAGAGGUCUGGCAGUGGCAGCUUGUACACGGUGAGCCGCAUCAAGGCCGGGGAGCAACUCUUCUACCGGUCCACGGCGGAAGCACGGGCGGCGGCAGCAGCAGCGCAACCCAAGGAGGGGAAUACGACGCUGCCAUCAUCAGCCGUGGCGCCACCAUGGACGGAGAACAUCUCGCGGAUGCCUCCGCCCAGGCUCAGAUUGGAAGCAUACCGCUUAGACGGCCCAAGGCUCGAUUUUUUGCCCUUCUACGGACAAGGCAGGGGCGAUGGUAAGAUCCUCUCAAUGGACUCGGCGGGCAACACCGUCCUCUGCAACGCCGUCAGCGGCUCCAUCCAGCCCGUUCCCUGCCUUAACGAACCCAAGGGGGACAGCCCCGUCUCCUUGUCUAUCACUCGUGCGGACACCUCCCAUCAAGCCUUGUACGUUAUGGACAGGUUUCCCGCAGCUCGCAAUGCUUUCAUCUUCGAAGCCCUCAUCUACGGCAAGAAUAGCUGGGAGUGGCACCGGCUCCCUCGGCCGCCCUACGUCAACAACCCAGCCUAUAACUGCACAGCCAUCCAGUCCUACAUGUUGCUUGGUGAUGGCUCGACCAUCUGCAUAUCCUCCGCUGGGCCAAGCUCCAUCGGCACCUACUGCUUUGAUACGGUUAGCUGCACCUGGGAAAAGGUUGGCCGCUGGACCCUGCCAUUCCAUGGACAGGCUGAGCAUGUCCCUGAGCUUUGCAAUCUCUGGUUCGGCAUGGCCGGCAACAGCGCCAACAACUUGUGCACGCUGGACCUCUCCAACCUUGGCAGGGCUCCCAAGUUGCUGCAUAACUGGCAGGUCCUCGACACGCCUCAUGGAUGGGUGCAGAUAAGGGGUAGCCUGCUGUACCUUGGAGCCGGCAGGUUUUGCAUCUUCAAAAGUUUUGACACCGGGGAGCAAGACGCUCAGGGUAAUCCCAGCAACACAGCGGCUGUGCUUACCGGUGUGGAGGUAGUCCACAGAGGAUCAUCUGAACUCCAAAUGAUCAAGCACAAGUCAUUUAUCAGCUAUGCCGGCAUCCAGUGUGUUCUUUAA